GGGCAGGGCGGCGGCAUGGCUUCGUCGCAAGGGAAGAACGAGCUGCGGUUCGCUGACUGGAUGGCAGCUCUGCCCGGCAGCAUCCACCGCACCCCGCUCACCAACCUGGCCAUCCCGGGGUCUCAUGAUUCAUUUAGCUUCUACAUCGAUGAAGCCUCUCCUGUUGGGCCUGAACAGCCAGAGACGGUCCAGAAUUUUGUGUCUGUUUUUGGGACUGUGGCUAAAAAGCUGAUGAGGAAGUGGUUGGCUACACAGACCAUGAAUUUCACCAGCCAGCUGGGAGCAGGUAUACGGUAUUUUGAUCUUAGAAUUUCCACCAAGCCCAGAGACCCAGACAAUGAACUCUACUUUGCUCAUGGCUUAUUCAGUGCCAAAGUCAAGGAGGGUCUGGAAGAGAUCAAUGCGUUUCUUGCUGACCACCCAAAAGAAGUGGUCUUCUUGGACUUCAAUCACUUCUAUGGAAUGCAGAAAUACCAUCAUGAAAAGCUUGUCCAAAUGCUCAAAGACACAUAUGGAAACAAAAUGUGUCCUGCUAUAUUUGCUCAUGAAGUCAGCCUCCAGUACCUGUGGGAAAAGGAACACCAAGUGCUGGUAUUCUACCACAGUCCAGUGGCUCUUGAAGUACCAUUUCUUUGGCCAGGCCAGAUGAUGCCAGCUCCUUGGGCAAACACAACAGAUCCGGAAAAACUGAUUCAAUUCCUCCAGGCAUCAAUCACUGAAAGAAGAAAGAAGGGCUCCUUUUUUAUAUCUCAAGUAGUGCUGACACCAAAGGCUAGUACAGUGGUGAAAGGGGUUGCUAGUGGUCUCAGAGAAACAAUCACAGAAAGGGCUCUUCCUGCAAUGAUGCAGUGGGUCCGAACUCAGAAACCAGGAGAAAGUGGUGUGAAUAUUAUCACUGCAGAUUUUGUAGAACUUGGUGAUUUUAUCAGCACAGUCAUAAAGCUCAACUAUGCCCUGGAUGAAGGUGAAGAUGACACUACUUGAUAGUACUAUAAUAUGUGUGUUGUUCCAUUAUUUAGAAUUAAAAAAAAAAAGAUUGCAUUUUAAAAGAAUUAUAUUGUAAAACACUGAUCUUCCUGAGGUGUUUAGGGCUUUAGUGGGUGGGUGUAGGGGAAAAGUUUUAAUCUAUUAUGAUCAUUUUUUACAUUUGUGUUUCAUGUCAAGAGCAAAACUGAACAUGUUUACAGUAUUUGAUAAAAGAAGGCCAUUUCCAUGUUUUGUGUGAGGUACCAAAUACGACUCAUGUGUCUUCUAUGGCUAUGAACAGUGCCAAGAAAUUUGCUGCUUUUGGAGCAAUGGGGUGUAUAUUGUUGUCUGUCUGCUCACAGCAGGACUCCUGACGGUGUGAGCAUUACACCAGGAGUCUAAGGACAGUAUAUCUGGCCUGAAAAUUUUAAGCUGCUCCACUUCAUCUCUAGGUGGUUUAACUGAUCAUAUUUAUCAGUGAGUUACAGGUUCAAAUGCCUUUGCGAAGUAAAUCCAAAGUCAUGCCUCUGAUACACACAUAAUCAGUGGACAGUAAAUAUGGUGUGUUAUGUAGCCUGCAGAGAGCACAGACUAAAUCCUGCCUGCUUUUCAUUCUCAAAACGGGGUUUUCCAAUGUCUCUGCCCCAGGUCAGAUAUGUGGUGCUGGCCUAACUCUGUACUAGGACUUGCCAGUGCAUAUUUUCCCUGGUUCUAACAUGAACAAAGUUAGGCCAGCUUGGAGCACCACUUCCUCCCGGGGUUAAGCCUGAUCCAAUGCCCACUAAAUUUAAUAGGAAAAUUUCCUGUGUUUGGCAUGGAUUGGGCAUAGGAUCAGGAAAUUGUGUGUAUUAUAAAGUAGGCAUGAUUUUGUCCCAUAGUGGAAACCUGCUUUCUGCAGGACUAAAACUGCACUUAAAAAAUUGGUGCAGUCUAAGCUUCUCUUUAAGGCAGCUAAGAACACAACAAUUCUCUGCUGGUUACAAAAAAAUCAGUGCCAGUUUCAUCAGUGAAAAAUUGCUGUACUAAAGACCGUAGUAGUUCAAUUUCUAGCUAAUAACAAUACUCUAUAGUCCUUAAAUUGUGGGGUAUAAUUGUGCAUAUCACAAGGUUGGAAGUCUACUGAAUGACACUGUUCCAGCAGCAGAACUGCUGGUCAUCCUAAGUUUAAGGAAACAUAUAUAAAACUCAAAUAUAUGGAAAACUCAGUGAGUUAUAAAAUGAGAGCAUUGCCACUGUAUGACACCUAACUGGAUACAAUGCAAUCAGUCAUGUCUCCUGGACACAUCAAUGCACAAGCAAACAACUUAUGAAAGCAAAACAUUUCAUUUGUGCAAAACAGUAGAUGCUAUAAGUCUUAACACGAAAACGCUCUUUGAAAUAUUUCAGGGCUUUAUGGGAUAAGACUAUGGUCAAGUUUCCACUGAUGUUACUAAAACUUUUGGUUGAAUGAGGAAAGAGAAUGGCAUCAUAUGGUCCUUUGCUAUUUUCUAUCAGAUGAUAGAUCUGAUCUACUCUGAUUUACCAUCAGAGUUUAGAAAAACAAAAAUGUUCUUAUCAAACAGGUGGGUUACAGUGGGUUAGAGAGGUUUGGAUGUUGUUUUUAGUUUAGGAAGAAGUGGAAUAAAAUUAACACUUGCUGCCAGUUCAUACUGAGAGGGUGCCUUGGAAAAGUGUGUGUGUACACUAGAAAGAAACAUUUAAGUGUAUGUGUACUAUAAAACCCCAUUUAUAUGUGUACAUUUGUAUGUAUAUGAUACAAAGACAUCCAUGCACACUUGCAUAAUGAUAUUCUGCUGUCUGGACAGGAGUAUUAUAAUUUGGUUGAAAAAAACUGUGGAGGUGUUUUGAAGUUGUGAUGCCUCCUUCAGUAGCAGUUUUUUCUGUAUAGGUUAGGACUGUAAGGUUCAUCCCCAGUGAAAUCUGUGAUCUAAGCCAGUUAGGUUUUUUACAGUGUUAAAACUUUACCUGAACUUCCCCCAAAAUUUACCAAGAGCCACAGCCCAUAUUCACAUUGAACAAAGGACAGGACUCUUAGUGCUUUCACCCACAGCUAAGCCAGAUAUGGGGUGGGUUGAUGCACUUUGUUUCUAGUUUUCACAGGCUCUCCAAGAAAAAUCCACAUAACAGACGCAUAAAAUUAAACAUGAACAUAUGGUUUUUUUGAACCCACUGAUGUGGGUGUCCCACAUAGAAACAUGAAAAUGUUUGCUUAUUUAUUGGUGAUGUGGUGUGAAAUGCUCUUUUCAUUUUUCCGUUUAACUGGAUUUAUUUGCUUCCAGAUUCUACCCGCCAUCGUUCAGCUACUUCACUGUAGCCAAAUGAGUUAACCUAUUAUUUUAAUACAGUGAGUUAAUACGGAUCCUUGGGUGGAGCAAAAAAUAAGUUUGGGGUUUUUUUUGGGGGGGGGGGCAGGUGGGUCUGAUUGAAAUUCUGUUGUAUCUGAGAGCACCAACACCGCGUUCCUCGUGAGGACCCCAACUCAAACACAUACCAAUUCAAACAUCAAGCUUUUCACUUAUACAGAGUUACACUCAAAGCAAAUGUUCUGCUGUAUUUGAGAAAAGUGUGUGUGUGUGCGUGCACACCUGUAUAUAUGAAUAAAUAUAGAGCUAUCCUGAGCUUGUUAUCAUUGUUACGAAAUGUUUGCUUAGCAUCAGUUUUACUCUAAUUGUCAUUUGGGUGCUGGAAAAUAAAAGUAAAGCAAAAAAAAGCCCAACUUCUGACAAGUAAGAUAAUAGGCAAAUCAUACAGUUUCUCCAUUAAUAUGGGGGGGGGGGGGGGAAAUCUUAGAAAAAUGUUACAUUUGGUCAGAAAUUAUGUUUUUACUUAGCUGUAGAACUCCUUUCUGGAGUUCUGGAGAAAGACAACCUUUUAUGUUCAGGACAGGUAAACAAACUUGCCUUAAUUACAAACACAAAAAAAUAUGGGAGGGGGCAUACUAUCCUACUUUUCUGGCAAUUUCAUCUGUCAGUCCCCAAAACUGUAACUGUGACUGUCCUGAUAAGGAUAGAGAUCUUGCCGGAAAAGAACAAGCCAGAAGGGAUUAUGCCGCAGAGCUGGACCAUUCAAGAGCCCAGUUUUGCCACCCAUAUGGAGCUAAAACUCUCUUUGAUUUCAACCAGAAAUGUGCUUGUGGGGCUGGGUCAGAUGAGUUGUCUGACCUGAUUUCUUAUGGAGGUUUCUGCACAUGUAUUAUGAGGAACCUGGCAUGGGAAAUUAAAUUACUGUAAUCAGCCCAUCAGAAGAAAAAUACCUGUCUACACUAUUGCUUGUCAUAAGCAUGUAUUUACUCAAACUGUCAUGUCAUUCUCCACCAAUUUUUUUUAUUUCCUGUGCUCAUUUUCCCCCUCGCUAUGUUCAUUGUAUACACAUCAAGAAGUAUUGUUUUCUGAUGUUUUCACGUGAUUACUUGAUUCUUUCUUUUCAGUCAUACUUGAAAAAUUGCGACUGCACUGCACAACACAGGCAGUCUCUCGGCUGGUAUAGACCUGCCUGGCUCCAUUUUUCAGUUUACACAAGCUGAGUUGUCUUUGUUUGGUACUGAUCCAACCUCAGUGAUUUGGACCAAAUAGCAGCUGGUCCCAGGUCUGAUUCCUGCCUUGUGUGGAGAGAGUAAGAUCAGAAUCAGACCACAGGAGCCUGGUUUUAAAAUCAGCAGGUUAUUUGCAUUCACUUCCUGUUGGUUACAUUACUGGUUUUGUAGGUCCUGCCAUUUCAAGUCAUUCUUUAAAACAUACACGUGUGUGUGUGCGUGUGUGUGUAUAUAUAUAUAUGCAUAAGUGUGUGAGAGGGGAUAUAUGACCCUGUAUACUGGGCUAAGUCUUUCCGUCGUACUGAUAUAAAUCUAGAUGACUUCUACUGACUUCAGAGCAGUUACUGAAGUUUAACUUGGGAUUAGAGGGAGCAGAUAGUGUAUAGUAAGUAUAUGCUGUGUUGCAAACAAAAUUUAAAAUUGCGGAGGUUAAUUCUACAAUAUGAAAGAAGUGGAGUGCCCUGAAAACAUAGCUCCAGUGCUGUUUGUCCUGAGUAUAGUAUAUGGAGCACUAGGUAUUAGCAGCUGAGUAGGCUAUUUGGUGAUUUCAGCAGUUCAGUUAACACCGUUUUAAACUUCUAAACUCCUCUUCAGUGAAGUAAAAGCUAAUAGUGUAUAUGAUGUAUUUGCCAUAUCUCAGUGGUAGCUUCUGUGUUACAUACAGUCAGCAUUGUUCUGAAUUGUGUAUGUUUACUCAUUGAUGAGGUUAAAAUAUGCUUUAUAGUAUGUGCAAUGUAUUGGUUAUAAGUAUGUUGGAGUUCAGUGAUCUAUUUAGUUUUUACCGUGCUGCUGUUUUGUAGGUAUGUGUGUGUAUGGGAGUAUGGAUUGUCUACAAUGUACAAGGAAAUCAUAAUUAAUCCUAAAGGAAAAGGGCAGUUAUGUAACCUGCCUUAAUGCAUUCGCAUAAUCUUGUUUGAAUACCAUGAUUAUCAGUUCUGAUUUCAAACGUUAAUGGGGAUUGUCCAUAGGGCUGAGUCCCUCACUUUUCGGCACUAAGGACUUAAACUUGAAGUUACUUGGAGCUCACUUACAUGUUGGUAAAUAAAGAGUAGGAUGUUUGCCUGAUCGACUACCUUGAUUGUACAAGGUGGCUAUGACAUGGUUUCUGGUGUGAUACAGAUCAAAUCACUUCUGUGCACACACAGCUUCUGCUGAUGCCAGCAGGAAUUGUGAUCAUGUAUUUGAAUGGCCUAAAAUUAAUCUUUGGGGAUAAAAUCAUGAUGGGAGGGUGGUGGUACCCUGGCUUUGGGGAAGUGCCUGGAUGCUAUGCAAUACUGCUCAUGUCCUGUGCUGGAACAUAGCUGUAAAUUCACAGGAAGAGCUUUGUACUCUACUCCAAUCUAGAUUGGACUGUAAAAAUCCAUAUGUAAAAAUGAUAAAUGUCAGAGGCUGAGCAGCCUGGCCUGGCCUGGCCUGCCCAUGUACAGCAUUCUGCUUUCAGGAGCCAUGGCAGCUUUAAUAAAAAAAGCUACAAUAAUUUCCGAACGGCUGGCAGGACCUAGUGCUCUAGUUAGGAAUCUCUACAUUGCCCACAGGUAUGACCCCUCUACCAUUCCCACAUCCAGGUCUAGCUCUUCCUUCAUGGUUUCUGUGUGAGAUGCCCCUCUGCCUGACACCAAGGGUAAUUCUGAAAGACAUACUGAGCACAGAGAGGGUCCAUCUCCUGCCUGGCCAGUUGGACACUUGUAGGCAGAGCAUGCCUGCCCUAUGGUACAUUCGGUGUGAGGUCAGCCUUAGUCAGACCAACCUGAACAGUCACUGAGGGAAGGCAGAAGUCUGAUUUCAGAUCCUCUUCUGUUAUCUUUGUCUAGUUAAAAUGCAGCAUCUUACCACUCUUUUUUGCCUCUGCUCAGUUCCCCUUAUCUCAACUUCUGCAUAUGCAUCCCUUCAACUGCCAGCUGUGAGCAACACUGCUCAAAGUGAAUAUUAUGAGUUUGUCAUCCUCAGUACACGAUAGCAAUCCACAGUUCUUAUAAGAAACUAGGUACAGGGCUGAAAGAAGGCAGUGUCCCAUAUCUGAUGUCCCGAAUUGGUUCAUCUCCACACUCCAAGUCACGUACACGUGUCCUCUUAGAUGGUCCUUGACUUGGCUGAUGAGAAUUCUGUUAUAAACUUUCUCCCACCAAAUUAAAAACAGACUGGAUGAUAUGCCAAUGAGUGUCUCCUAAGAUGGAGGUACACUUAGGCUUUUUUCUGCAGUAAGAUGACAUGUACUAGUCUCUUCCCUCAGCUCUGGGUACUACAAAGGUCAUUUUGAUCGUGAGAGAUUCCUUGAGUCGCUGAAAUCAGUUUUGCUGUGAAGUUGGGAUCCUUAAAGCAGAAUCCUGGGUUUAUGUGUAAUUAUGAUUGAAAAUAAAAAUAUGUGUUAAAAACAUAAUUUUAAAAGGAAAAAGAAGGAAUAUCUGGGCUUGCCAGGGCAGUUGUUAAGUUUUUGACUGCUUCAGCCAUCUGUAGCUUUAGGAUCAUGUAGGUGAUGAUUAGGAUGUUAUUGCCACACUGCCUCCUGACACUGUUCAGGGUCUCUGUACAGAAGCCUUAUUAUUCCCAAUGAGCAUUACUGCAUUUGAAUGACUUUUCUGUUUUGGUGGGAUUGUGUAACACUGAGGACAUGGAGCUCCCUGUGUGUUGUGCCCACAAAGGUUCACAGAGCUGCACCUUCUCUUUUUAGGAUCUAUUCAAUAGUACUUUAAUAAAUGUUGUGUAAAAAAUGCCUACAGUUCUGUAUAGCAAAUGUGAAUUUUUAUGACAAGAAUGUGUAUUUAAUGUAAAAAGAGAGUAAUAUAAAAUCCAGUUUCUUUGUAUCCAGUGAAACAUCUAAUAAAGCUCUGGUACCUGUA